UUUGACAUAUUUUUCUAUCUGUCAUUUUUUUUUUACAAAACCAAAACACCUACAAAAAAUCAAACUUUUUAACAAAAUUUUUCAAUUUAUGUUAACUCCAAGAAAAGCCCAAUAAAUCCUCCCUCAUCAAAAUGAGUUUCGCCGCCCCAAAAACUCCCGUCUCCCAAAUCAUUCACAACAAAGACAAUCAAGAUGAACCGAAGAAAAAAACCCGUGAAGAUUGGCGCAAAGCAAAAGAACUCGAAGAAGCUCGAAAAGCUGGUACAGCUCCAGCUGCUGUCGAUGAAGAAGGUCGCGACAUCAAUCCUCAUAUUCCACAGUAUAUAUCGAGUGCUCCAUGGUAUUAUGGUGCAUCUGGUCCAACAUUGAAACAUCAACGUCCACAAAAAGAUGAAGAAGAAAAUACUGCUUUGCAAACAAAGCAAGUUAUUAAAGGUCUGGACAGUUCCAGGUUAGUAACUAAGUUUAGAAAAGGUGCUUGUGACAAUUGUGGAGCUAUAACACACAAGAAAAAAGAUUGUCUUGAAAGGCCAAGAAAAUACGGCGCCAAAUAUGCCGAAUCACUUGUCGUUCAUGACGAACACAUUAUUGACAACAAUGCCAUCGAUUACGAUGAGAAACGUGAUCGUUGGAGUGCUUAUGACCCGGCAUCGCAUAAAGAUAUUGUUGAUGAGUUUGAAAAAGUCGAAGAAGCAAAGAGACAGCUGAAAGCUGACAAGUUAAAGAAUAACCCAGAUGCGGAACUUUCUGACGAAGAAAGUGACGAAGACAAGUAUGUUGAUGAAGUUGACAUGCCUGGAACCAAAGUCGAUUCGAAACAGAGAAUUACUGUGAGAAAUCUUCGAAUUCGUGAAGAUACAGCAAAAUAUUUGAGAAAUUUAGAUCCAAACUCGGCUUACUAUGAUCCAAAAACUCGAUCUAUGAGAGAUAAUCCAAAUCCACAAUUGAAACCGGAUGAAGUUGAAUUUGCUGGAGAGAAUACAGUUCGGUAUAGUGGGGAUACUACUAAGCAUUCCACGGCACAACUAUUUGCAUGGGAAGCACAUAGAAAAGGAGUCGAUGUACAUUUGUUGGCAGAGCCAACUAAAUUGGAACUCUUGCAAAAAGAUUACAAUUUGAAGAAGGAAGAUUUCAAGUCACAGACAAAGGAUCAUAUUUUGGAGAAGUAUGGUGGAGAGGAACAUUUACAAGUUCCUCCAAAAUCGUUGUUGUUGGCUCAGAACGAGAACUACAUUGAAUACUCGAGGAGUGGCAAGGUAGUCAAAGGAAUGGAAAAGACUAGAGCUGUAAGUGCUUAUGAGGAGGAUGUUUAUCCGAAUAAUCACAAGUCUAUAUGGGGUUCAUUUUGGCACAGUGGAAGAUGGGGUUACAAAUGCUGUAAGUCAUUCAUAAAGAACUCAUACUGUGUGAGUGCUAGUAAAGAUGCAACGGAGCCAAGCGAUGCUGUGAUUACACAUCCUCAGACUCAACAACGUGAACCGGAACCAGAACAAAUUGAAGAGCCAGAAGAGGAGGAGGAGCCAGAGGCAGCCGAAUCAGAGUCGGAUGAACCUGAAAGUCCAAAGAAAUCUUCAAAGAAGUCAAAGAAGGACAAAAAGAAGAAAAAGAAGAACAAACACAAGAGGAGGGAAUUAGAAAAGAAGGAAAAAGAAGCAAAGAAGGACGAGAAGGUAGAAUUGGAUGAUAGAAAACGGCCGUAUAAUAGUAUGUACGAUGUGAAGGCACCGACCGAAGAGGAAAUCGAAGAGUUUAUGAUCAAGAGGACGAGAGACGAAGAUCCUAUGUUGCAAUUUAUGGGUCAAUAAAAAAAAACAUUUUGAAAAUAGAAUAAAUAAAUGUUUGAUCAUAA